AUGUAUGGGGGAUGUCAGAAGUUCGCGGGCACGGAGUACAGAAAUAAACAUGAUACUGUUGCCAAGAUUCUAAACCAAGAAUUUGCACUGAAUCACCAACAUCUAAGUUCGAAAAACUAUUUUGAAGAUACAUACCACAAAAACCCAAAUAUAAGGCCAUCCUUUCAUCGUAGAUUGAGUUGCUACUUAAAUGAUAUAAACUAUGUCAUUCCUGACCUGCUUCAGGCGUAUAACAGCCAUACACCGCCUUGGAUCGUCCCUACAGCUCACACUAACACCAGGCUUACAAAGUACUGCAGAAACCACAUAAACCAACAAAUAAUUCACAACCAUUUCAAGAGUAUACAGGAUGAAUAUAUCAACGCACAAUUCUAUUAUACUGAUGCAUCAUCAACAGACGGAGGAGAAACAGUUGGAUUCGCGGUAGUUAGUCCUAGAGAAAUUAGAAAAUACAAGAUGGAAGGAAGUGUAUUCUCAGGAGAAUUGACGGCAAUACACCACGCACUUUUAGAAAUACUCGAUGAGCAACAUGAACAAGCUCAAUACGUAGUAUGUACAGACUCCUUGAGCGCAAUUAAAAUCAUCGAACAAACAUACCCCCGUCACCCUCUGGCCCAACAAAUACAACAUCUACUUUACCUACUACACCAGCGUCAUAGAACAGUCACCUUCAUAUACGUACCCUCACAUACCGGAAUAAAGGGAAAUGAGUUAGCAGAUGAAGCAGCUAAAGAGGCACUUGAAAGCCAACACUGUAAGAGAGUCUUCAUUGGAGAAGAAGCCAAUAUUCAGGUGAAGAGGAAAAUAGAAAGCAAAUGGCAAGAAGAAUGGAUAGAUAGCCCAUCACAUCUCAAAAACGUUAAGCCAACCCCAUUGAGGAAAUCAUUUUACCCAAGCGGACGCAGAAACCAGAUUAAAGUAAGCCGCUUGAGAAGUGGACACACAAAACUAACACAUGGAUUCCUGCUUUCAAGAGAAGAACCUCCACAGUGCGACCUAUGUGAAACACGAGUGACAGUUAAACACGUAAUAAGUGAGUGCACAAAAUUUCAGGCAAAACGGCAUGAGUGCGGAGUGAGUGCGCGGAUAGAAGUUGCGUUGGGAAAUAACAACAAAGAACUAGAAAAGACACUUAACUUCCUCAAAGAAAUCGAACUUUAUUAUAAGAUAUAG